AUGAAAUAAUCAGUAUUCUAGUAAAUUCGCUCACUUUCAUAAUUUUCAAGAUACAGAAUCGAUCGCUAGAUCUGUCGAUCGAGGAGCGCCCUGAUAUUUUUCUCUGUAUCAUCAAUUGUUUACAAUCGACAGUAAAUGUCGGAACGCUUCCAAUAUAAGGUUAAGUGUAUUGACAAAUAAUGAGACAAUGCAAUGAUAUUCUUUCUCAUACGAUGUUCGAUGAGAAGGAUUGCAAUGGUCUGGUACUCUGUGAUAAAUUCCUGCCCGUCGAAAUACUGACAGACAUCUUCUUCUAUGUCGACUACAAGACUGCAAUGAACUGCCGAUUGGUGUGCAAACGCUGGCAGGUGUUGAUGAAUCAUGUCUGGUACAAAAAGACUAAUCAGACUAUGGCUAAACCGUUUCCAUGGGACAAUAACAUGCCCUGGUCUGUAUUUUAUUUGACAUGCACAAAGAAGCCAUAUGGGAGAAAUUUAUUGAAGGACUAUUCUGAUACAAAAGACAUGGAUUACUGGAGAAGUCUAAAUUGGCGUUUCAGAUGUAACAGUUAUUUUUGGCUCGAGCGACCCAUGUACGUGCCAAACUUAAAAGAUAUAAUAUAUCAUCCCAGAAUACAAAAUGUAGAUUUGGAGGAUGAGGGAAUUCAUCCAUAUAUUAUAGACACAUAUCGACCAACGAUAGAGAUAAGCGAAUGGAUCAACUGUCGAGAAGAUCAUCCACCAAUCAGUUAUGAGUUGACAGUUGAAUUAGUUGACAUUAACAAUAAACAAGUAGAGCAAUUUUACACUAGUUAUGAUAUAAAGAGAGAGGAACAGAAUCAAAGGCUACAAUUUUUGCAUACAUUUGAAGACUAUGGAAUUGGUGUUAGAAAGAUAACCUUUAAGCACGGUGAAAUGAAUGGUUUAAAAAUGUUAAGAACGUGUGUUUCUGUGAAAAUUCCUGAAAAAGCUUUCGUUCUUUCACAGUCAUAAGUUGCGUGAUACAAUAAUACAAUCGGCUGAAUAUUUUCGAGCAACGUACACAGAAAAUACUGCGUACGAAUUCCAUACUUUCAACUAUGACACAAAUCAACAAACCUACAUAACUAAAAUGCAUUACAAUGAAUGCAGCUUAUAUUUUAUUAGUAUUUAUAUAAUCUAUAAAUACUAAUCACAAUAACACAUAUUUCAUAUUUAUUGGUCAAUAUUAUUGAUCGUGUGAGAGGUCUAUAAUAUAAUAACAUGCUUCUUCCGGAAUUAGGAAGCUUUUCAAGAAAAAGCUUUCCGAAUUAACAUUAAUUUAUAUAAAUAAGAAAUAUGUGUUUUAUAAAAUAUCAUUUCUUUUAUUCAUUUUACUGGCAAGUAUUGUCUGUACAAGCAAUUCUUAACACAUUAAUGCCGCUUAUUAAUAAAGGUAUUUACAUUAUGUAUUAUAUAU